AUGGGUGUGAAGCUGCUUGAGUCCCGACUUUGUCUCCUGCUGCUGCUGGGACUUGUCAUGGUGGUUGCCUCAUUGCAGAUCCCUGCCCAUUUAACCCCGUCCCAGUGGUUUGAAAUCCAGCAUGUAAUUAUGACCAGCCCCCGAUGCACUGCUGCGAUGAGGAGUGUUAACCGGCAUACAGGACGGUGCAAGAACUUAAACAGUUUUCUUCAUACAAGCUUUGCUGCUGUCGUUGGUGUGUGUGGCAGUAUGAAUGUUACCUGCAGGAACAGGACACAUUCAAAUUGUCAUAAUAGUUCAGCUCAGGUAUCCUUAACAUUCUGUAACCUCACAGGUCCAGGAGUAAAUUAUACACAAUGCCAAUACCAAACGACACAGGCAAGAAAGUUCUACAGAGUUGCUUGUGACUAUAGAACUCCUCGGGACAAUCGUACCUAUCCAGUGGUUCCGGUUCACUUGGAUGGGAUAUUUUAGGUCUAGUACCAGCACUUUGUGUCUUCGCUCUCUAUCUGCUAGUUCCAUGGUCGUAGUAGUGAAGAUCCAGUUCCUCUGUCUGCGCUGCCACGAGCACCUGUCCUUGUGAAACCUGUCCCUGACUCCCUUCAAAUGUAGCUGAACAGAUAUCUUUUCUACUCAAUAAACACCUUU